UAGAUGAGACAGCAUUACUAUUUUGUUGGGUAACCGAAGUUAGCACCUCUAUCCUUAUCUGUUUAGUGUCACUUACAAAAGCACCCAUGCCUUACUCAGUGCAAUCACACGCCAUUUCACACUACCACCUUAUCACAACUACGCCAUUUUCAUAUCGUUGAAUCUGGUUCGGGGGGGUCAGUUCUGGAAUCAAGUAUUUUUUCUUAAAGUUAAAGAUGGCUCCUUUUACAAUUUCAACAUUGCCCUCUUUACGCAUCGGCCAUUUCAGAAAGCCUCCUAAUUGUAUCCUUCCAAUUCACUGCUCCACGGCUGCUCCUUCUCCUUCAUCAGUUUCCAUUCGAUCAAAAGCUGUUCACUUUGAUUUGAAGACAUAUUGGACUUCCCUGAUGGUCCAGAUCAAUGAGAAGCUCGAUGAAGCUAUUCCGGUUCAGUUCCCUCAACAGAUAUAUGAGGGUAUGAGGUAUUCUGCCCUUGCCAAAGGUGCCAAGCGAUCCCCCCCUGUUAUGUGUAUAUCUGCUUGUGAACUCUUUGGGGGCAGCCGCCUUGCUGCCUUUCCCACUGCCUGUGCUCUUGAAAUGGUUCAUGCCGCUUCAUUGAUACAUGAUGAUCUUCCCUGUAUGGACGACUCAUUGUCCCGUCGUGGCCAGCCUUCAAAUCACGCCGUCUAUGGUGUUGACAUGGCAAUCCUGGCGGGAGAUGCACUCUUUCCCCUUGGAUUUCAACACAUUGUUUCACAUACUCCCUCUGACCUUGUACCUGAGUCCCGUCUACUUCGUGUGAUUGCUGAAAUAGCCCGCUGUGUGGGCUCCACUGGAAUGGCAGCAGGGCAAUUCUUGGACCUUGAAGGGGGCCCAAAUGCAGUUGGAUUGAUACAAGAUAAAAAGUUUGGUGAAAUGGCGGAGUGUUCUGCAGUGUGUGGAGGAUUGUUGGCCGGUGCCGAAGAUGAUGAGAUAGAGAGACUAAGAAGGUAUGGUAGAGCUGUUGGAGUAUUGUAUGCGAUUGUAGAUGAUAUUUUGGACGCGAGAUUGAAACCUGAGGGAGAUAACGAAAGGAAAAACAGAGGGAAGAGUUACGUAGGAGUUUAUGGGAUUGAAAAGGCAGCUGAGGUGGCUGAAGAACUUAGAGCAAAGGCUUUGGAGGAGUUGGAUGGAUUUGAGAAGUAUGGCGAUCAAGUGUUGCCUCUCUACAGUUUUGUGAAUUAUGCUAUUGAUAGAAGUUUCAAUGUUGAUGAGGCCAGUGGAUGAAGGGUUAUAAAAAUUUAACAACUUAUAAUUCUUUGAUUGAUUUGAGUUCUUAAGAAUCGAUUAUUGCAGUUUAGAAAUUUAGAGCCUAUACAAAAUAUUAUUGGUCAAUUAAGAGAGUAAAGUCUGAACUGUUUUAGACCGUGGAAAUCAAUCAAUCUAAAGGGGUCCAAUUCUGCAAGUGUUAGAGGAGGACUUGUCCCAUCUUCUGUGCUCUUUUACUAGAAGAGAAUUAGUUGUGGAAAUCAGAGUUCAAAUGUAUCUAUAAAAUAUACCGUAAUAUUUAUAGAUUUGUAGGUGUAAUCAAUGGUAAUAGUAAUAAUUGGUAAAGUCUUGCAA